AUGCCGACUGCUAAGUCUGAAAAUUAUGUGAUCGAUGAAGUGAUUGUUGAAGAUUCGCUUGUAGGAAUUUAUAAAGCUCGGUAUCUUCCAACGAAUGCAGAAGUUGCUAUUAAAAAGAUUAAAGUGGGUCGUCAUGGAGAAUACACUGAUUGGGCUGAACCAGCAGCUGAAAACGAAAUGCAAAUGUUAAGAAAAUUAAAUCAUUCUAAUGUUAUCAAGCUCUUGGAUUCAUUUUAUACAGCCGAUUCCAAAGUUGCUGUUCUAGUCUUUGAAUUAAUGUUUGCAGAUCUUGGACGUUUAAUCCAUUGUACAGACAAUCGUUAUAAUCAUAGUCAUAUAAAAUGCAUGACUCAUAUGAUGCUUUCAGGUCUCGAAUAUAUUCAUGCAUCGGACAUUAUGCACCUAGAUAUCAAACCAGGAAAUAUCAUGAUUGAUAAUCAAGGAAUAAUUAAAAUCGCUGAUUUCGGUAUUUCAAUCUAUGUUGAUGAUACAAGUCGAAAACUUCAUCGUUUACCACCGGCUUGGUAUCGUUCGCCGGAGUUCUUACUUGGCGAUCGACAGUACGGAACAUCAACAGAUCUGUGGUCGUUGGGUGUUGUAAUCGGUGAAUUAAUAAAUCGACAUAUUGUAUUUCCAAGUAAAAGUGAAAUCGAACAAAUCUUGAUGAUCUAUCGUUUACUUGGUCCACCCGAUGAUAAAACGUGGCCAGAAGCGAAAACAUUUAAGCAUUUUUUACAAUUUCAUGAUGAAAGUUUAUUGAAUCACGAAGAAACUUUCGAGAAAAAAUUUCCUCGAGCCAAUGAACAAGAAUUAAUUCUUUUAAAAAGUUUACUUGUUAUGAACCCAAAACAUCGAGCUACAGCUAAACAAGCUUUAGAAUCUUCAUAUUUUAUCACUGGCACUCCAAUAUGUAAACCUGAAGACAUUCCAAGAUCGGCUGCGCCACGACAUCGUCAUAGUCGAGAUCCUUUCCAUAUGAAUGACUUGAGUAUUAAUGAUGAAAAUCUUCCCAGUGACUAUAGCCAUUUAAAUAAUGAUACAAAACGCCAACUCUUUUCACCAUAA